GGCCAAACGGUAUUGCAGUUGCAUAUAUAUAUAUAUAUACCGAUCGUUUCAUUCUCUUUCUCCCUCUAGCGUAAAGCAAACACAAUAAAUCGAUCAAUCAGUGAAAUUGGAGAACCAAAGCUUGUAUCAGAUCAAUUCCUGCACAUCAUAUAAAGCCUUAGCCUUAAAUUGCUCAAAUGGAAAGUCAAGGGACUGAAGUUAUGAGGAAACGCAUGAAACCAGCUAUGGAAGAGAAGGAAGAAGAUGGAGUAGUCUUAGAGAUUGAAGAAAAGGAAGAAUUUCAGACCAACAUUGCUGGAUCUGAGGAGAUGGAACUUAAUAUUGCUCAGAUUCUAGAAAAGAUUGAACGCUUCACUCAGCUGGUGUCUGAGCUGCUGGAGUCAGGGAAGACAAGCUUUAAGGAACUGAGUAACGAAUUUGAGGAGCGUAUGAUUAUGAUACAUAAGGAACAAAUUGAGAAAUGGCAGGAAGAGAUCAAAGACCUGCGGUUGCUUGAUUCCUCGAAUGAGGAGGCCAAUGCUCUUCUGCAAAAUGCUCGAUACUUACUACAGAGUGCUCACAUUGAUUCUUGAUGGUGUUCCAAGACUGCCUGUCAAGGACUGAACAUGUUCAUUCUGUUGAAAGAUAUCGAGCUACGAGAUACUAUGUUAAGUACUUUGGUUUGUACAAUUUGCAUCCCAAUUACUACUGCAUGGUUUUCUUCACCAAUCUAAAAAGUAUAGGGAGUAAAAGGAGUAUUUGAAAUAGUUUCCCAAUUUCAUGUGAAUAGCUAAGCAGCUCAUGUUAAUAUCUAAGCAGUGCCAGUCCAUUAUGCACUAGGAAGUGAUAUAAAUUCUGAUAGGAUGCAUUUGAUAUGUAUUUGCAUAUAUUUCUCAUAAACUGAAGGUAUGCUUCAGGCAGCUGAUUGAGUCAUCUCUUUAGCUAUGCCCACAA